GUCGGCGAGGUUUAAUGAGACUCCAUUGGAUUGUAAUCAGCGUCAUGUCGGAUUCGGUGUAAACUACAACAGUGGAACAAAAUGGCGACUGUUUAGGUGACGCCACUUUUUAACGCUGCUAGCGUUUUAAACAGCAUAAUCUGUCGUGUGCUGCUGUUGUUUUUUUUUAAAUUUAUUUUUAUUUUUAUUAUCCAGCUCGGAUUCACUUGGAGCACAAGAUUUAGAGACAGCGUCAAGGUCAGUUCCUGGUCGUGGAAUUUAACAGUGGCACUUUUUCCCUCAAACGUCAGUCGUCUUUACAGGCCGGAUUUGACGAGCCAUUUUGGAGGGCUCCGUGGAACGUACCUUUUUUGGACCUCGCCAAAGGAUGUGGAAGUACCCGUUGGCGCUUGGCAGCAGGCGGGAUUGCGCAUGGAUGGCGUUUUUGUGAGUCUCCAGGUCCAACCAUGGUGAAACUCGCCAACCCUCUGUACACGGAGUGGAUUCUGGAGGCCAUACAGAAAAUCAAGAGGCAGAAGCAGCGGCCCUCGGAGGAGAGGAUUUCCCACGCGGUGGGCACGUCGCACGGACUGGACCGGAAGACGGUCCUGGAGCAGUUGGAUUUAAGCGUUCACGAUGGCUCUAUUCUCAAGGUUACCAACAAGGGUAGCACCUCAUACAAGGACCCGGGGAUCACCAGGAGAGCGGGAUCCAUCCCGCCUCCCGCCUCGCCUAUGCCGACAAAGGAUUCUAUACGGGGUUCCGGCGAUCUCCGCCACCUGGAUUGGAAUAAGAUCCUGCACAGGGCCAUUGAGGGCCUGGACGACACGCACGGCUCCUCGCUCAAAAACAUCGAGAGGUACCUGAGGAACCAGGACGACCUGGCCGAGGCGGCUGACAACCCGGCCUUCCGCCAGCGCUUGCGGCUGGCGGCCAAGCGCUCCGUCAACAGCGGCAGACUGUUCAAAAAUGGCCCGCGGUACCAGCUCGGAGGGCGCGGCGGCACCGACAGCAGGGCGCCCAGGUGUCCCAUGGCCACCCCUUUGCUGCUGAUGUCGGCGACGCUCCUAGCCCACGAGCGAGAACAGCUGCGGGUAGACCCCAUCCCAAUAUGCAGUUUCUGUCUGGGCACAAAAGAGUCCAACCGAGACAAGCGUCCAGAGGAGCUUCUUUCUUGCGCCGACUGUGGGAGCAGCGGGCAUCCCUCGUGUCUCAAGUUCUCCCCCAAGUUGACCUCCCACGUGAAGCGAUUACGGUGGCAGUGCAUCGAAUGCAAAACCUGCAGUUCCUGCCGAAUACAGGGGAAAAAUGCAGACCAGAUGCUCUUCUGCGAUUCGUGUGACCGGGGCUUCCACAUGGAGUGCUGCGAGCCGCCCAUUUCCAGAAUGCCUAAAGGAACGUGGCUGUGCCAGUUCUGCAGGCCCAAGGACAACGGAAAGAAGCUGCUGCACCGAAAAGCUGACGAGAUCAAACGGCGAUAUGCAAAGCCCAUCGGAAGACCCAGGAAUAAGCUCACGCCACAAAUGUGUCUAAGCAGCCGUGAUGGUUCCAUGGUGGCACUCGGAGGAAGGGGGUCACCCGGUAGGGGUCCGAAGUUUAGCGCGUGUACCUCAUCCCGUCAUGCCGCAUCUGUGAAGGACGCCAGAGGCAGCUCGGCUAUUCCAGACGCCACCCAAUUCACCAUCCCAACCCCCACCUCCACCGCCGUCACCCCCCUCCUCACGCCCUCCUUCGCCACCCCAGCUGCGCUCGGCGUUAACAAGAAAACCAAAGGGCUCAUCGACGGGCUUUCCAAAUUCUUCACCCCUUCCCCCGUGGGGCGUCGCUCGCGAGCCGUAGCCGCCGAGUCGCCCGCCGACAAACGGUUAGGCGUGGCCGCUCCAGUCGCCGCCAGUCACCAGAUAGCGCCCUCGUCUGCACUCCCCGCCACCGCCCCCCCAACAUCGCCGGGAUUUAGCCCGCCCUCGCAGGUGUCCGCCGGCUCCACCUCGGCUAACUCGCCCCAGAGCUCUUCCAGCCAGUCUAGCGCUCCCUCCCUGGGUAGCCUCUGCAAUAGCAGCCAGCUCAAGGGACUGUUUGACGGACUCUCGCACAUUUACGCCACUCAGGGACAGUCGCGGAAAAAGAGGCUCGCGUGCUACACGCCGCCCAAGCGCACGCAGCAAAAGCGGGACUCGCCACACGCGUCCAAAGCGCCGACCCAGUUCCACAGAAAGAACGAGUUUAGUAAAAACCGGCUCAGCUCCACGUCACCGGGGUCGGGGCGACCCCCAGGACACGCCUUUAAGUUGGUCAGCCAUUUCAAGCGCAACCCCUUCCUUAAAAAACACAGGACGCUAGGCAGGCUGAGGUAUAAGGUGAGCCCCCCGAAGGGAGCGCCCUCGCCAGGGAAGGGAGACUUGACAGACGGAAGAGUUAAGCCAGAGAGUAAUCAUGGCCACAAAAGGGAGCUGCGGGUGAAGCAAGAACCCCGCGCCAGCUCGGCGGCCAUGUCUGGCGAGCACGUGACCGACAAGGACGUGGAGAUGUUCGCCAGCGUCCGAGAAAUCGCUGCCCAGAGGACGGGAUGUCAAACGAACACGGACGCCACGCGAUGUCCGGCUGUCAUUGAAUUUGGGAAGUACGAAAUCCAAACGUGGUAUUCGUCACCGUACCCGCCUGAAUACUCAAGAUUACACAAGCUUUAUCUGUGCGAGUUCUGUCUGAAGUACAUGCGAAGCAAAAACAUUCUCCAGAGGCACACCAAGAAGUGCGGCUGGUUCCACCCGCCGGCCAAUGAGAUCUACCGAAAAAACGGCCUCUCCGUCUUUGAGGUUGAUGGAAAUGUCAGCAAACUGUUCUGCCAAAACCUUUGCCUGUUAGCCAAGCUUUUCCUGGAUCACAAGACCCUGUAUUACGACGUGGAGCCGUUCCUCUUCUACAUCCUCACAAAGAAUGACCACAAAGGCUGUCAUUUUGUCGGCUAUUUCUCCAAGGAAAAGCUUUGCCAGCAGAAGUACAACGUCUCCUGCAUAAUGAUCAUGCCUCAGUACCAACGGCAAGGAUUUGGGCGCUUCCUUAUUGAUUUCAGUUACCUUCUGACCAGGCAAGAAGGACAAGCCGGCUCCCCCGAGAAGCCGCUGUCAGAUCUGGGUCGCUUAUCCUACCUGGCGUAUUGGAAAAGUGUCAUCCUGGAGUACCUUUAUAGGCAGACGGAUAAACACGUCAGUGUUAAAGGCAUAAGCAGGGCCACGGGGAUGUGUCCGCACGACAUCGCCGCCACUUUGCAGCACCUCGGCAUGAUUGACAGACAGGAUGGACGGGUGGUGCUGAUACAAAGAGAACGACUGAUCCACCGGCACAUGCAGAGACUGCGGACCGACCCGCGUCGUCACAAGGUGGACCCCGAAGCCCUGUGCUGGACGCGCUCCACGUCGCUCAACGCCGUCCUGUCCGAGGAGGAGCGAGAAGCGGAGAUGGAUGUAGGUUCCCCAUUCCGACGGCGUGUGCAAAAACAAAAAAAAGGAAAAAAAAAACACAGUAUGGCUACAUUUUAUACAGUGCGAUCGUUCCAUUUUUUGAUUUCACGUUCUUCUUGCAAACUCAAUUUGUGGUAUUAUGCCCCCCCCCCCCCCCCCCCCCCCACACACACACACACACACCUUACUGUGCUCGUGGUUUCAUUCGGCCCGGUGUUAUUUGUGUUCCAGAGGAGCAAGAGGGGCCGCAAGAGAAAGAGAAUUAACAGCAGCGUCACAACGGAGACCAUUUCCGAGACCACCGAGGUCCUAAACGAGCCCUUCGAUAACUCUGAGGACGAGGGUCCCAUGCCGCGGUUGGAGCGCACCCGCAGCGUGAGCGCCAUGGAAGAAGAGGAGGAAGAGGGAGAGGACAACGAAGAGGAGAACAAGACCCAGAUCGCACCCAUGAAACGGCGGCGAGGUCGACCGAGGCUGAAAGAAAAGAUGCAGAGAGAUGAGCUUCAGCACUGGAAUGAAGAUGCUGACGUCGCCUCCAAGGGACCUGGCAGACCUCGUCCAGUGAAGCGAAAGAAAGGCUGGCCCAAAGGAGUCAAACGAGGCCCACCAAAGUGGCGCCUGAAGAACGAGCGCAAAAUGGGCUUCAAGCUGAACCUUUACACGCCGCCCGAAACGCCCAUGGAGGCGGAGCAGCACCGUAUCCAGUUCGAGGAGGUGCAGGGUGAAGCAGACCGAGAGCUCCAUGGUGGCAGGGUGGCCAGACGCUUUCGGUCGGAGCCCCCGAGCCCGGCUGACCGUCCCUCGCCCAAGUCAAGGUCCCCCGUCAGAUCGCCCGCCGCCUCCCCCGUUGCCGUGUCACCCGGGAACGAGGACGGUGAUGAUUCGCCGAAACGUCGAGAUGAUGAGCUGCAAGAAAGUGAGCCUGAGCUGGACUCACCGACCAAAGAUGUGGAUCGCAGAACUGAAGUCGCUGCAUCGCCUCAUAAUCAGAACGAGGAUGAGGAGGAGCAGAUGACAGUAACAGAAGAUGCGAAUGAAAACGAAGGCCACGAGAAGGCAACGGAGCGUGACAGCAACCAUCUCGAGGCCCCCCAAGCUUCUAAAGUAAUAUGUGAAAGUUUCUUAGCCCAGGAAGAAGACUGUGAGGUUGUGUCAAGUCAGCAAAAAGAAAAUGCCACGGCUGUCACAGAAUGCAUCCAUGAUGCAGAGGGGAAAACAAAAGAAGUUUUGCCGCUCCCUCCAGGCAAAGUAGCAGCUGGCGAUUCUGAGUCGGAAGAGGAGAGCGCGCCCAGUCCUCGACAAGGUCACGUCCCGCCUCCAACCACCAAGAGCCCGCCCCUCAGUCCCACGCUCAGGGACGGCCCCCUGAUCUGCACGGAAAUCGACUCGGAGACGGCGCGGGCCGUCCGGUCCCUGGCACGAGAGAGCGAGCGGGACGCGGUGUACCAGGACUGCGUGGAGAGCCAAGAGGCCUGCAGGAACGUGCACACCUACGCCCCCGUGACUCCGCUGGAGGACUGCCCCCAGUCAGACCACAGCAGCCCGCUUUCGUCGGCGCAGUCGCAUCCCAGCCAGUCGGUACGCUCCGUCAACAGCCCGGCCGUAUCCAUCCUGGAGGCGGGGGGCUACACGCAGAUCAGCCCCGACCACAGUGCCAUCUCGGUGCCGUCCAUCCACAACAUGGAGACCAGCCCCAUGAUGGAUGUGCCGUCGGUGUCGGACCACUCGCAGCAGGUGGUGGACAGCGGCUUCAGUGACCUGGGCAGCAUCGAGAGCACCACCGAGAACUACGAGAACCCCAGUAGCUACGACUCCACCUUGGGGGGCAGCGCCUGCGGGGCCGCCGCCCCCCAGGGCAGCUGCCCCUACAGCGGCAUACCUCCCGGCGGGCUGGCCCAGAGCAGCUGCGCCGUCAGCCAGCAAAUGGCCGCCGUCAACCCGGGAGGCUGCGGCAUGAUCCAGCAGAACAGCCUGAGCUCGCCGCAGCAAUGCAACGUCAAGUCGCCGCAGGGCUGCGUGGUGACGGCCGAGCGGCCGCCCAGCGCCAGUCAGCGCGGCCAGCCGCACGGCAGGCACGGCCCCCACAAUCAGCACAAUCAACACAAUCCCCACAACCAGCAUAGUCACCACCACAAUCACCACCUGCAGCACAAUCAGCUCAGCCAGCACAAUCAGCCAGCCAUGCACAACCUCCACAAUCAGCACGCCCUGCAGGACGCCGCCGCCGCCACUGGUGCCCAGUGCGCCCUUCCCGCCAACUUCGCAGGCGUGCAGCUGCCCGACAUCGCCGAGUCAGGCAACCCCAAUUUCGCCCUCUACGAGAGGAUCAACCACCAGGGCGAGUACGCCGGCGGCCACUACCCGCAGUCGUCGGGCCUCAGCCUGGCCAAGCUGCAGCAGUUCACCAACACCUUCAUCGAGCAUCCCCGCUCGCUGCCCUUCACCCACUCGCCGUCGCACCCCAUCACGUCCUAUGCCAACACCCCCUCGCUGUCCUCGCAGCACUCCGGCUUGGUGUCCCUGUCGCAGACCCCGCACCGCGUCCCCAACCCCCAGGUGCAGGCGACCAUGACGCCGCCGCCGGCUAUGAUGCUUCAGCGCAACAUGGGGAUGCCUCCGGCCCAACGCAUCCAGUCCCAGACAGUGACCAAGAGUCACGCCUCGGCGCGCUCCAAGUCGGCACCGCUCACGCACCACCAACACCACCACCACCAUCACCACCACCACCAGCAACAGCAGCAGCACCAGCAGCAGAUGUACGCGCGGCAGACCCAGGGCGUGGCCAUGCAGGCGCCGGCCCGGACGCUGGCGGGCAUGCCGCGCGUCAACAUGAGCGUCAACAUCAUGCCGGCGCCGGCGUACAACUCCAUGAACAUGCCCUCGCUCAACGCCAUGAACGGCUACGGCAUGAGCCAGCCCAUGAUGAACAGCGGCUACCACGGCAACCACGCCGCCUACAUGAACCAGUCGCCCCAGUACUCUAUGCAGAUGGGCAUGAUGGGAACGCAGCCAUACGCCCAGCAGCCCAUGCAGGCGCCGCCGCACGGCAACAUGGUGUACACUCCGGCCGGUCACCACGGCUACAUGAACCCGGGCAUGUCCAAGCAAUCGCUGAAAGGGUCUUUCAUCAGGCGGUAGCCCGCCGCCGCUGCGUCUUUUCGCUUUAGAUGCACUGAUAUGGCCUUUGCUCUUCUGCUUUGUGUGAUCGACACUACUCAGAAAAAAAAAAAAAAAAUAGAGAUGUUGGCCUUUUGGGUGAAAUCUCAGGUUGAACAUCAAAUACGCUUAACUUGACCAUCUCUAAAUUUGGAAUGCACUUGUCUGACUGGUGAAAGUUUGCAGAUGAUAAAUUCACCAGGAGCCAAACUGGAUGGAGCUCAGACCGUUGCUAUUGAGCUUUUGCCAUUCCCGAAUGACCUUUUUUUUUAUUGUUAUUUUCAUAAACACAUCAAAGAUGGUGAAUCUGAAAUCAGACCAGGCUGGCAGUGGUCAAGAAAAAUGACUGCCUCCGGUUGCGCAGUUUAGCUUCUUCCUGAAAUUUCACCCAAAAGCAGACAUCCCUCAUUUUUGGGAGUUGUGUAUAUAAAUAUAUAGAUUUUUAUUUGUUUUUCUUCUUCUUUAAAGACAAAAACCAGCAGCAGCACUUGGAAAGAAUGCAAAUAUUUUCAUUCAAAAAAAGAAAACAAACAAAAAAAAAGAGCGAUUUUGUUCGUCCAAGAUGGGGAAGCCUUACAACAUGGUGAUGUUGAAAAUGAAAUUCUAUUUAAUUAGCGGCAGGUUCAGCGGCUGCGAGGUCGGCUUACCGUCGCCACAUAGCAGCCUCCCACGGAAGCCAUUUUUGUUUUCAUGUGCCUGCUCACGAGUGGAACCUGUUCGGUGUGUUAACUGUCCAACAGUGCUCACGCGCAAACCAUUUCGUUUGUACCAUAUUCACGCCUUUGUAUAUUUAAAUUAUUGUACUAUUUUUUUUUUUUUUUUUUUUGGGGUCAAGUGGCAAACCUUAGCAUGCUUGGGUCUCUCCUUUAGUGACAGUGCAUUGAGUAGUACUGUACAAGUGUUGUGCUUAACAAAUAGCAAGCCAUUUUCAAGCUACCGGGCCUUUUAUUAGGUGAAAAAUAAAAAUUAUAUUUUGUUAACGCUAAUAAUGUUAAAAAAAAAAAAAAAAACAACUGUAAAACUUAGUCCUGUUUUCUGUUGCGCUUUGAGAGGUUUUAUUGCUCUAUGUGUGUAUAAUUCUGAAGUCUUUUUGUAACAGAUCUCCUUGAGGCAGCUUUCUGUUUAAUAAAGCAAGACGGAUUUCUGUCCAAAUAUGCGAGCAUAUCUCCCUCUUUGUACACUCCAAAUUAUGAUCUAUCUCCCUAGCGAGCGAUCGGUCGCUCAUUCUAUCUAUUAAUGUAAAUAAUGUAACAAUAAAGAAAAUAUCAAUUUCA